UUUCAGACAUCCUUCUAUAUUAUUGUCGCAAUCCAAAAGAUUUUUUAAUCCGGUCUAAUAGCUAUCUUUGAUACUCGAUUAGUUUUAUAAAAAAAUUAAACAAGUAAGCAAACAGUAGCAUCGUCGUAAUUUAGUCAGUAUUUGGAUGUCGAGAUGAAGAUUCUCAUUAUCCUUGUAUGUUGCUUAACACUUGCUACCUGCCAGUUAUCUCCAUCAGGAGCACACGUCUGCAGCAGGUCAGUGGCAUAUAACGCGUAUCAAGCCCAACAACUCUACAGAGUGGCUUAUCAAAAUUACCGAACUAAGACUGGCUGGUUUGGUUGGUCACGCAAAUCUGUAUACAGAACAUACUCAACUGGUUACUAUCAGCAACAACUCGUCACCAGGUACAAGUAUACAUAUGUGUGUUGCAGUGGAUGGUCAAGAGUAAAUAAUGGAUGUCCCACACCAAUUUGUGCAAGUGGGUGUGGUAAUGGAAGAUGUACAAGUCCAAACAAAUGCACAUGUCACAGUGGUUACUAUGGAGACAAAUGCCAACAUGACAUAAAUGAGUGUUCUUCAAGCCCAUGUGAUCACAAUUGCCAAAAUCUACCUGGUACAUAUGCUUGUACUUGCAGAGAUGGUUUCACGAAAACUAAUCCUAACAUUCCUACUGAUAGAUCCUGUUCAGAUGUGAAUGAAUGUUCUGUUCCUCCAUGCUCAUGUGACAGCUUUUCUUCAAGUUGUGUUGCUUCCUGUAGAAAUACUGUUGGAAGUUUUUCAUGUUCAUGCAGUACAGGAUUUCAAUUGAAUUCUGAUGGAGGAACUGUCUGUGUGGAUAUUGACGAGUGUUCUUCUUCAACACUUAAUGCAUGCCAGCACCAUUGCUACAACACACCUGGUUCAUUUUCUUGUCAUUGUCAAACCGGGUACAGAUUAUCCAAUGAUUCUAGGACAUGCACAGACAUCAAUGAAUGUAGGUCCCUUAACGGAGGAUGUAAUCAGGUAUGCGUCAAUCAGAUUGGCUCAUUCCUAUGCGCAUGUCGAAAAGGAUUUCGAUUGUUAUAUGACAAAAAGAGUUGCGAGGAUAUCAAUGAGUGUUCCAUUCAAGCUCCUUGCGACCUUUCAAAGAGUAUGUGUCGCAACUACCCUGGCUCAUAUCAGUGUGUUUGCAAGAAAGGAUAUCAAAUGCAUCCAAACAACAGAACAUGUAUAGAUAUCAAUGAAUGCACUACUACAGUUGGAAUAUGUCAACAUCAAUGCACAAACAUCGAAGGCUCAUACUUAUGCUCUUGUAAUGCUGGAUAUCGGUUGAAUCAAGAUAAGCAUAAAUGUGACGAUGUUGACGAAUGCCAAGAAAGAAGUCAUAGAUGUGAUCACGUAUGUCAAAACACGAUCGGUAACUACACAUGCUUAUGCAGAGGAGGGUAUAUCUUGAAUACUGAUACUUUUACAUGUCGAGCUCUUCCUUGUAUACGCAUCUCAAAACCUGUGUUUGGAACAAUGAAUUGUACUGGUUUUGUGACAGAUUCAGUUUGCAACUUUUCCUGUUCACUGGGUUUUGAUUUGCAAGGAUCAACUAGACGUACUUGUUUGCCCAUCACGACUUGGUCAGGGUAUAAAGCUAAAUGUAAACGAAAAGCAUGCUCAGCUCUUUCUCAGUUAACUCAUGGAUCCAUUGUUAUACCAUGUGAUCAAAGGUUUGGCUCCACUUGUAUGAGACGAUGUCAAAGUGGUUAUUAUCUAGUUGGCAAGCGCACUUCAAAAUGUGUUUCAAAUGGAAGUAACAUAUUAUCAUGGACUAAUACAGAUGCACAAUGUAAAACCAUCACUCCUUGUGAACCAAAUCCCUGCCAUCACAAUGGAGAUUGUAUACACCUAUCAACAACAGAGUACAGUUGUAACUGUGAUGGAACUGGAUAUACAGGACAAAAUUGUGAAGUUACCAUGGUUAUUAUUUCAGAGCUGCCACCUGUUUUUGUUGGUAUUGACUCUGAAUAUGUAGCUGUCACUACUCAAGCUGAAGGGAAUAUUGAAAUAAGUAUUCAAGAGGAAACUGGGAUGUUGACGUUUUCACCAAAUUCUGUGACAUUAAAAUAUCCUGAAAGGAAAGCGUCAUUUAAAAUCGCAUCUAAUAAACCUGGCACGUAUAAAGUGAAGUAUAAAAUAAAUAAGAAUAAGUUGCCCAUUCUUCCUUUACCAGAUGACUUUGUGUAUGUGUUCCAAAACGACGUGCCCAAGCCAGUUAAAAUUGGAAAUUAUAUUUUUAAUCAAGGUUGCCAAGAGCGAAAGCUAAUAGAUAACAUUUCUUUAUCAUCUACCUGUGAAUGGAACACCAAUGGCACAUCUGGAUUGGUGUCAGUAUCUGCUCCUUUUAUGAGCAAGAUGCCCUUAUCAAUGAAUGGUGUCACGAAAAAAAAUCUUGACACAUUUUCGGGCAACAGUACCCUGGAGCCUGUAGAAGAAACAUUGCAAUUGCUAGAAGAAAAUGAGUUUGGAACAUGUCCUACACAAUGCAACGUAACGAUGAAUGGAAAGAAAAUACUAAAUGCUUUGAUAGGCAGUUUUUACUUUCCAAACUUUGUUUUCAAGGCACUGGAAAAUCUAUUUCCUAGUUGGUUUGUUGUGACAGUUACGAAUAAGAUACAUAAAUACAAUCCAGAAAACUUGCAUUCAAAAAUUGUAAGUGCAAAAAAAUUGGAAGAUUAUCCGUUAUGCGCUCAACUGCAUGACACCAAAACAAAAAGUCAUCUCUAUGUUGUGUACACACCUAAGAUGUUUAUGAAUUUUCAGUUUCAGUCAAGCAUACAGAAAGUUUCUGAUUUGACGGCAACUUGUUUUGCUGUUAAUCUGAUGAAUGGAAUUGUCAGUGUAAAUGUUGGUAAAGGGCUUGACAUCUCUAAUGAUUUUACAACGCUUGGCAUACCAGUCAGUUACUUUACAGUAUCUACAAUAUCUUUUAUUCCAUCGGAAAAUAAAAUGAAGAAUUGUGUCUUUACCGGUGAGCAAAGAAUUUGUAUUCAUUCAGCCAUGAAGAUCAAAAGUCGUAUCAUAUCCUCCUUGGACACAGGGAAAUUUACAAUUGAUGGCAAUAUUUCUUUGGAAUCUGAAAACCUUAAUGAGUUACUGCUACAAAAAUUUGAUGCACCUUUUCAAUUGACUUAUUCUGGUUCACUCAACUACGAGAUUAAAUUGGAUUUUCUGGGGAAAUUAUUAAAAUUAAGAGGUUUUGAUCAGCAUCUUGAUGGAUCCAUGCGUAAACCAGAUUCAUUCGAUUAUUUUGAAUUAAUGCUAAAUCCACUCCUAACAGCGUCAACUUUCGACUAUGGUUAUUCCACGAUAACAUUCCAUCCUUUGCAUCCCUUUCAAUCAUUUAUUAAAAUGUCAAUUAAAGGGAAAGGUGGAAAGGUCAGUGGUAUUGAAAAUUUGCCAAAGACUACCUUAUUACUGAGGACUUAUCAAAUUGUUUUAAAAACCUAUUUAACACAACUGGAAACUGGAUUAAAGACCAAACAUAUUGAUCUAGCUAAAAUAUUUCUUCCAUUAAAAGAUUCUGUUGUGCUGUCUUUAAAUGCACUGGUGCAAGAAAUCAGAAAAAGCAGUUAUCUUUAUCAAAAAACUACAGAAUUGUUCAAGGACGUAAAAGAAAAAUUGUUUGACAUUGAAUCUUUCCUUUCAACAUUACAGUAUUGGUUAAAAUCAAAACAAAUCUCAGAAUUUGAUCAAAACAUUUCAUUCAUUUUGAGGUAUGUAACAAAAAUUAGAAGAAUAGAAAUAAAUCCAACAUCGACUCCUAUUACGUUUGAUCAAAAAGAUAUUAUCAUUUCCUAUGUGGGAAGGAUAUGUUUGUACAACUUAUGCAUAGAUGAUGUGUUAGUUGAACUACAGUAUGGAGUCAAUGAAAAUCGCGUUCAGGUGACUGCAACCUUCACUUCCGAAAGAAAGCUUAGUGCACGUCUGCACGUUAAAAAUGGAGAUAUGCUCCAUUUAGAUAUCAGUAGGAUUGAACAUAGAUUCAAUGGUUUUAUGAAUGCUUCCAUCAAAAUAUUUAAUGAUUUUUACAAUACAGUUCUAAACAUCACUGAAUCAGAUCUAUCAUACAACUUUACAGUUCCAUUGAGUUCAGAAUAUCCUUUUGAAGUGUCCGGUCAUACCAACCUUGGGGAUAUUUUUAGCUGGAAAAACGUCAUUCGCGAGAUUAGGGGAGAAUCAAUGGUAAUGUCACAUCGUCUUAACAUGGUUAUGCAAAGAAACUUUGAAGAGGUUUCCAAAGAGACAAACAAACGGCUUAAUAUAUCGGAACAAAGAUUUUUCGAAACCAGAGAUAAAUUAAAUUCCCUCAAAAAAAUACAAAUGACAAGAAAGGCACAAUAUGAAAAUGUUUCAUCAGCGCAUCGUCGUGCGUAUGAAUUAUAUCAACAUGCAGUUGUUCAACUAAACAUAAGCCAGCAACAGAUGGACUCAUACACAUACAUCAACAGAUUGUAUAUUGACAAAAACUUAAGUGGAAUAUGUCUUCUACAACCUUGUGAAAAGAAAUGCUUUGAUGUGCCUGUGUGUCAAGUCUGUCAGAAUGCAGUGAAUAGAAGUGCCAUUUUUAUAAAAUGUGAUCAGACUGAAGAGAAAGUUCGAACUGUUAUUGAAAAAUCGUGUCCUUCCACCUGCAACUUGGUUAAGCAUCUUUUUAUACCAUACUACACUGGAACAUGUAAACAAGACCCACGUGAGCAAGCAAGAAUAGAUGCUGCUUUAAAGGAAUCAAUAUCAUUAAUAACAACCAGUGCAGGAACAUUAAUUGGCUCUAUAUUUGGUCCGGUUGGGAGUAAAAUUGGAAGGUUAAUUGGUCGAGUAGUUGGAAUUAUUAUUGGAAUGUUCGUUUCAUGCAGUAGAACGUAUGAAGUAGCGAUCAAAAGAAUUCCAUAUACCAAACCAUGUCUAUUACCUUGUAAAAGCACGGAGGAGCUUACCAGAAAGGUAUCUAACUGUUACAAUGAAACUGUGCUUGUUUCGGGUCAUUCCAAUGUGACAAGGCUGUGCCAUUGCGUAAAUUCCUGCGUUUCUAAAGUGGCAAACAUGUCUUGUAUUCUCAAACAUACCAACUGCAUCAAAAAGAGACAGGAAUUCUUAAAGUCGUCCGAUAAAAUUCCUAAGAUAUUUACUGAUUUAUAUGAAAGUAUUGAGAACCAGAAACAACAUGUGGAAGUUUUACGUACAAAAUUACGAAGUGUUUUGCACAGCAAAGAAUUUUUUGAAACCGAGCUGGAAAAAAUGAACAUAACACUCUUAAAUGCAGAACAAGAACACAAUAUGGUGAAACAAAAGGACCUAUCAGCAUCAGCAUUGCUAUCAGACGAAAUUUGCAUUAUGACAAUGUUUAAUCGCCAUCCAAAUGUGUCAAAUGUUAUUUCGUUUUUUAAUCCUGUUACAUUUAACACAACACUUCCAUUUCUACAAAACAUGUUGCUUCGCGUUGGCGUUAAAAAUAAAUUGGAUGGAAAAACAACUGAGUUUUACUUCCUUUACUCCUUUGAUGAUAAAGAUUUGUCUUUGAAAAGAGCGACAAAAGAUAUUUUAGUGAAAUCUUUAUGUAAAAAUAAGAGAGAAAGGAGAUCAUUGAGUGCCAAUCAGAUGGAAGAAAAUAUUUAUGUUACAACGUUGGAUGGUGACAAACUUAACAACAUCUCAUUGCAAAAAGCCUGUCUCAAUCUUCAGCAAACAGCGGAUCUUGUUACGUAUUCUUUGCUAUUACUUCAGAAUUUAACUGAAGAUGCCUUGGAACUGAGGGAAAUUACCAGUGGUGCUAGUGAAACAGUAGAGUUAAAUGACAAUGAUGUGACUAACCAUUCUGUUUUGAACGCUCAAUCUGAAAUGGCUUUCUUGUUGAAAUACGAAGUAUCUGUCUAUCGUAACAGAACAACGGUAACAUACGUGCUUACACAAUGGAAACAAAACAUGGAGUUUUACAGAAAUGAGCAAAAUAUAUCAUCUUGCCUUGCUUUUGUAGAUUGCUUAAUUAGUUCUUUGAGUGAUUUGAAAAACUUACCAUCAAACUUUAUCAACAAAGAUAAUUUUUAUAGUAUGUUAUCCAACAUAACAAAGUCAUUUGAAAGACUAACAGAGGAAAAAGAAGCCGAUACCUUUUCUUUGGAGUCUCUACUUCUAGAGAUCAACAAACUUAUGAAAGAUAUUGAUACCAUUAUGAAGGAAAGCUUUCACUGCAAAGCCAUUCCCAAGUUAACUUCACGAAAUACGGCUUACUACGAUGUUGAAAAUGGAAACAACAUUACCAUAAAUUGCGGCACUGUUCAAAGUGAACUCCCAGUGUCAUAUACCUGGAAGCAUAACGAAAAAAUAAUUGAUGAAGAAACAAAAAAUAUUCUAACUGUGACUGUUGAGUUAUCUGAUCGAGGCAAUUACGUCUGUGAUGUUACUUCAAAAGUUGGUAUGGUUUCUUCAAAUGCUACAUACAUAAACGUUUAUGAAAAACCAUCCUUCAUUGAAGACCUUGAAGAUGUAACGUUUCUUCUUCCUAAUGCACAAAAUUUGUCUGCUAAUUUUGUAUGUAACGUAUCAGCUUUUCCAAAGCCAUCAUAUAAAUGGUUUUUUCAAAAGUUUGAUUUGUUGGAAGAACCAACCGAGUUAGCAGCUACAUCGUUAGUGUAUUCCAUUCCUGAUCUUGAUUUAAAAUAUUCUGGUUACUAUCAUUGCAAAGCUUUUAAUGACUUUGGUAAAGUCACAAGCAGGUUAGCCCGUUUGGAUGUAUUGGAGUUUCAAUAUCCAGCUUCUAUACUAACAAUUGAUGUCAUAGUAUCCAACAUUGUUAUUAAGAACAACAGUGUCCACGCGACGGAAGUAAAUGCGUCCUUUUUCGCUCCUAUUGUACAAAAGAUGAAUUUGUUUGAUACUCAAAACAUUACAACCAGUUUUAAUGAAUCACUCCUCACCAUUACUAUUUUAUCGUUUCCUAAAUUAAUGUAUUCAAACGAAACGACGGAGGAUAUUUUAAAUACCAAUGUGAAGUUGAGACAAGAUUUAUCCGUGGCAGCCGCAGUAUUUAUAAGAGAGAUAUCCAACACUUCUAUUGUGUUUAUUAGUGAUAACACGAGCUAUUUCAGUAUAGUCGAGGAAUCGUUAUCUGCUAAUGCAAAGUUUAAUAUCUGUGGACAUGGAUAUGAAAUUCAUAAGAAUGGAAUGAUAUGCGUCCAAUGUCCUGCUGGAACCUUCGCAAAUGUUAAAGGUGUUUGUGUCGCUUGUGGUAAAUAUUAUUAUCAGGACUUACCAGGUCAAACUUACUGCAACAAAUGUUAUUUGAAAGGAACGGAAAAAAUGAAAAACAAUGUGAGCAAGCAUUAUUGUAAAAAUCACGAAGUUCCAACCACAGCAAUUUGUGCAAGUGGGUGUGGUAAUGGAAGAUGCACAAGUCCAAACAAAUGCACAUGUCACAGUGGUUACUAUGGAGACAAAUGCCAACAUGACAUAAAUGAGUGUUCUUCAAGCCUAUGUGAUCACAAUUGCCAAAAUCUACCUGGUACAUAUGCUUGUACUUGCAGAGAUGGUUUCACGAAAACUAAUCCUAACAUUCCUACUGAUAGAUCCUGUUCAGUAAAACCUACCGAACAGAUUAAAGGCGACAAACAGGUAAAUGGUGAUGAUGGGCAGGGUUAUACUGUACUGAUCAUAAUUUUGUGUAUUUGCGUGGUGGUGAUCAUACUCAUUCUCCUCGUAAGCUACGUUUGCUGGUGGAAGAAAAAAUGUUGUCUACAAAAGAAGAAAGACCGCAAUAUGCACGUUACCAAUCAAACGGAGAAAGACCGCAAUACAAUUUUGCAUUUUACCAACCGAACGUAUGAGCCUGACAACGACCUUGAUGAAUUUGCUGAAUAUACUGUUCCACCUAGCCUUAGUUACGCACAAGUUGGUGAAACUAAGCAAGCUGUCAUCAAAUCACGAAAUUAGUGCACUUUUUUGCGAAUAUUUAAUGUCAGACGCUAAUUUGACAAUAUACAGACACUUUGUAAAUGGGGGUCCGCAGAGAGAUAGGUGCCUAUACGUAGGACAUCUUACACGUUUUUUUUUUCAUUUUUAAGAACCUAGUUUAUAAAAACGUUAAGGCUUAGAUUGUCUAAAAAAUUGCCCCAUAUAAUUGAAAUAUGAAAAAAAUAAUGUUCUUCAUUUCUUUGAUGACUACAAACAAGAACGUAAUGUCAUACAGAACUUGCACCCUUCUUAGACCAUCUGAAUAACACACUUUGCAAGGUUUUUUGACCCUCAGCGCCAACCACUGUGGCGACUGGGGAAAAAGCUAUUUUGAUUCUGUUUCUCCUUUCAGCUAAAAUCUUAGAAAAAUAAGGAAGUGAUGCUCAGAGCAAAUUAAAGGUUGGUUAUCAGCAAAUAACGGCAAAGAAGGAAGUUCUAAAGUAAUAACUUCUCACUUUAAGCAAAAAUAAUUUUGUUGAUUAAUUUUUAUGUGAUUAAUGCGUGCACUAAACGCAAAUCAGGUUCAGAUUUCAGGUUUAAAGCAAUAGAUCAAUUGUUUAGAAAAAUAAGGAUAAUGACCAGGCUGGUUAGAUUUUUUUAAUUUUCUUAUUAAAACAAAUGUCUACUUUAUGUUCACGUUUCCAAUUAAAAAUUUUGUUAACUUCAGUUUUAUCCUUAAUUUGUUGCUGUACUUACUCAAUAAUAUCAGGGUUAAUAAUUAUUUUAAGUCGGCUCAGAAGCAGUUUUCUUCCUAAUGAUAAACCUGUGUAAUUAAACUAAAAGGAAUGGUCUGAAUUCACUGUCAAUCAAAAAUAUUGUGAUUAAUCGCUCCGAUUCUGGUCAAUUCUUUCCAUUGAAGAAAUUAUAAGUUUACGAGGAUAUGCUGAAAUAGGCCGUUGUUGACAAAGAAGUAAACUGGUAUGACUGAAUUUGGUAUGAUCGAAAACCACUAGUUAUGAAAAAUUGCUCCUGAGUUUUUGCAGAUAAUUUGAACGAAGUAGGCCGCACAGGAUAAACCGCCUCUCAUAAUCAGAGUUCAAAAUGUUGUCAUAAUUUUCUGCAAUGCUUAAACUUUUUUAAUAGAUACAUUACUUUAUUUAAUACAUAUUUAGUCCAAACAAACCUUUCUACAGUAUUUGUGUAACCUCCUUAAACAGUGACGCCAACCUCGUUUCCAAUCUUCGCCCUUUUUAUAAAAUCGGACUUGCGGUCUCGACAUAAAAAGGAGACAAUAAAGGCUGGGAACGAGAUUGCAGUGAUUUUAAUAUUUGUUUAUUUCUCAACGUGUUUAUAUAACAUGAAUUCUUUCGUACAUUUAAUAAAAGACUUUGGUUCAAGUUC